AUGCUGCAGCAGCAACUAAGCAGCAAAUUGCUGCUGCAGCAGAGCCUUCUGGGCUCUUGCUGGUGGUCGCCCCGAGCGGCGCGGCUGCCAGCAGCAGCAGCAGCAGCGGGAGCCACAGCAGCAGCAGCAGCAGCAGCAGCAGCAGCAGCAGGAACCCUGCGGCGGCGCUCUUGCGGCGCAGCUAGCCCGCGUCCGCUGCUGCUGCUGCAGCAGCCGCAGCAGCAGCAGCAGCAGCGGCGCUGCAGCAGCUCCAAGCCCACCCACAGCAGCAGCGCCGCCGGCACCGGCCCCAGCAGCAGCAGCAGCAGCAGCAGCAGCAGCAGCAGCAGCAGCAGCAGCAGCAUUGCUUCGUGGCAUGUUAUUCAAGAAAUCGAAAAGAGCAGCAGCAAACCAAUUCGGCCCAUGACCCUCAAAAGACUUUUGCGGCUGCAAAACCAAAGCGCUGAAGACAGAGUCAAAACGUCAGUUUUAAUUUAA